UUUUUUGCUUACGUCAUGAAGGUUUGGUCAUAUGUUUCCCAUGGAUCAAGUAUAAAAACAUCGGAAAAUCGAGCUAAGGUCAAAACACGGAGUAGCAACACUUUCGAUAUGAACAACUCGUCUGAUUUCUCGGCAGAAAGUCUCAUAAUUCCGAGUAAAGACCCUGCGUACUAUCCAGGCACAGGUUUAAUCGUCUUUYAUGUAAUUGUUCUCGUAUUUAUCUGCAUUUCGGCCAUCAUUGGCAACAACCUUGUAAUCAAUGUGGUUCUACGCGACUACAGACUCCAUGCUCCAACAUUUUAUUUCGUCGUCAACCUUGCUGUAGCAGAUAUACUAACUGCUGUAGUUUAUAUCCCUUUCUACGCUAUCGCUGUUGUCAAACAAGAAUGGAUUUUCGGGAAAUGUUUUUGCCAGGCCCACACGUUCCUAAUCAGCACUGGAAUCAAUGCUUCUUUGGCUACGCUCAGUUUUAUCAGCGUCGACCGGUUUCUGGACAUUAACUACCCACUGCUCUACCACUUGAAGAUGACAUCAAAGCGCAUGCGCCUGAUGCUCGCCUAUGGUUGGGUGCAUUCAGUGUUCUGGGCAGCAGGUCCACUAGUGGGGUGGGGAAACUAUACUUUCGACCCUCACACCAACACAUGCCGUCCUCACUGGGCAGCUGUCGGGGUCAUCCAUAAAUCCUACGUGAUUCUUCUGUCAAUAUUUGGCUUUAUUUUACCCGUCUUGGUCAUGACCUUCUGCUACGCGAAGAUCUUUUCAGUCGUCGAGAAACACGUCAAAGACAUCGAGAAGACAUCGUGCUACGCUGCUUCAAUGGAGAGCAUCUCUCAUAUCGACUCUGCUAUCCCACAAUCCAACGAAACUCGACCAAAACGUGACUUACGAGCCCACAAGAUGAUCCUGGUGAUUAUUGUGGUGUUUUUCGCCUGCUGGCUUCCCUAUUCCAUCAUUGUCAUGAAGAAGGUAUUGCUUGAAGAAACAUCAGGUUCCUAUUGGUCAAUCAAUGGCGGACUCACAUUGGCUUUGCUGUCUACUGCGGUAAAUCCGCUGAUCAUCGCUAUGAGAGAUCGCAGAUUCAAGAGAGGAUUCAUGAAGAUUUUCUGUGGAUUGAGAAACGCUCAUGACCCUGAUAAUGCCAUUUAAUGCUUAAAUCUCAUAUUCUGAGCAUGUUGGAUAGCUGUGUCAGCAGUAGUUCUUUAGUGAUCACGUGACAACUAACAUUAUUUGCUUAAACCAGAAGCAACCUAGAUUUAAAAUUCCAAUUACCAUAUUUGGGUAUAGAAAUGAAUAGAUUAGACCAAUCAAAGAGGAAUUACUGAAUAUCAAUUAUUGGCCAAUCAGGAGCUACGAAUUUUAUUCAAUAAGACCCCAGGCGUACAAAUUGUUCGCUCACAGCAAGAGCAAAUAGGAUUUACCAUACCAGCUGCCAUAUUUGGGCAUAAAUAAGGAUAGGUUCAACCAAUCAGAGUACAGCAGUAUCAAUUUUCAACCAAUAAGAAACUACUACUUCCCAUGGUCGUUUUCACAACUAACCUGCUGUGAAGCUCUCUUCCCCAAUCAUGUAGCAAAGCUAAACUCUUUCUUAAAAUAAACAAAGAUAAUAAAUAAAUAUCUGAAAGACUUAAAGUCCGGUUAAAAAUGUAAAUAUAUUUAAGGAAAUAAGGAGACUUCAAAAGUCUAUAAAGAUUUUAGUCUAUAACUUUAUCUAACUUGUAUAUUAUUUAGUAGAGGUGUAAGAGAAACUUCAUAAUUAAAAAAUAGUGUUUCA